AUGACGCAAAGCAAUUUACAAGAGGAAAUUGGAUACGAGACACCUGUCGGUGCAUUAUCUCGACAAAAGUAUAGCAAUGACGUGUUAGAAGUGGAUAUGAUUGAACCAACACGUGAAGCUGAAGCCGAAUGGGGUCAGAUCUUUUCAGCUGGAGAUAGUACGCGAAGUUUUGUCGAAGCGGAAGUGAUUUCUGCCAUUGAAUACGAUCGAUCAGGAGAUUUUAUAGCUACAGGAAAUAAAGGUGGACGAAUUGCCAUCUAUUGUCGCCAUGGAAAUCCAGUAUCGAAUCAACACGUGUAUAGUGGAACAAAUGACCCGCGAUAUCAGCUGUAUACUGAGUAUCAGAGCCACAAUGCCGAAUUUGAUUAUCUAAAGAGUCUGGAAAUUGAAGAAAAAAUUAAUCAAAUCAAGUGGUGCCGAUCAUCUAAUGGGUCGCAGUGUCUAUUGUCCACAAAUGACAAGACCAUCAAACUGUGGAAAGUACAUGAGCGUAGAAUUCGUGAAGUCACGACGUACAAUGGACAGGAACUUGCCCACGUGCCACGGGAACAAAUAACGCCAGAGCUCAUUCGACUGCCACAGGCCCAUAUUCGUGGCCAAGUAACGACAUCUACUGCCAAGAAGAUCUAUGCUAAUGCGCACACGUACCACAUUAACUCAAUCGCUAUCAACAGCGACGGUGAGACAUUUAUGUCCGCAGACGACCUUCGCGUGAAUUUGUGGAGCCUUGGCAUUUCAAAUCAAAGUUUCAAUAUCGUGGACAUCAAGCCAGCAAACAUGGAGGAACUGACUGAGGUCAUCACAGCCGCGGAUUUCCAUCCAACACAAUGCAACACAAUGAUGUAUAGCACUAGUCGUGGUGCCAUCAAGCUAGGGGAUAUGCGGCAGGCUGCAUUGUGCGACUCAUACUCUCAAGUGUUUGAAGAACAGGAAGACCCUGAAACACGAAGCUUUUUUUCUGAGAUUAUUGCGUCCAUUUCAGAUAUCAAGUUUUCUCCCGAUGGUCGCUACAUUAUCGCGCGCGAUUUCCUUACACUGAAGGUCUGGGACAUUAAUAUGAAUUCGCGUCCAGUUCAAACAAUCAAUAUUCAUGAGCACCUGCGUCCACGUUUGGGCGAUCUGUAUGAGAGCGACUGUAUCUUUGAUAAAUUCGAGUGUGCGGUUAGCGGUGACGGUUACAACUUUAUCACGGGCUCGUACAACAGCGAGUUCCAUAUUUAUGACCGCUACGGGCGCUCUAACAUUUCCAUCACGCCGCGUACUGCGCGGGUGAGUCGGCGCCACUCCAUGCCCCAGCGAGGCCUUGCGCAGCAGAUUGCCGCCUUACCCGCUCCAGGUGAUCCUGAUGCAUUGGAUUUCUCAAAGAAAAUCUUGCAGACUAGUUGGCACCCGUCAUUUAGUGAAGUUGCUGUAUCCAUCCGCAACAGCCUCUUUAUAUAUGCCGCCUAG